AUGCCCAAGACGCAGCCCAACCUCUACGCCUUUUCAGGCGUUGACACUCUGGCGCCAGCCCUGCGCAAAUACAUUGUCCAGAGCCAGGCCCUCGGCCUCGCCCGCCACGGCAUCUUCAAGGUCGCCGUCUCCGGCGGCUCCCUCCCCAAGACCCUGGCCGCCGCGCUCCUCGCGCCCUCGACCUCAGACGACGACGUAAUCGACUUCAACAAGUGGGAGAUCUUCUUCGCCGACGAGCGCGUCGUGCCCCUCGACCACGCCGACUCCAACUACGCCCUCCUCAAGUCCGAGCUCCUCGACAAGAUCCCCGCCGACCAGCAGCCCACCGUCCACACCAUCGACGUCGCCCACCUCGACGACCUCCAGGAGGUCGCCGACAGCUACGAGCAGGUCCUCGUCUCCAGCUUCGCCAGCCGCGACUCGGUCCGCCUCCCCAUCUUCGACCUCCUCCUCCUCGGCUGCGGUCCCGACGGCCACACCUGCUCCCUCUUCCCGGGCCACCCCCUCCUGCGCGAGACGAACGCCUGGGUCGCCCCCAUCGACGACUCCCCCAAGCCCCCGCCGAAGCGCAUCACCCUCACCCUGCCCGUCGUCACCCACGCCGUCCGCGUCGCCUUCGUCGCCACGGGGGCCGGCAAGAAGGACAUCAUGAAGGACAUCUUCGACGCCGACAAGGGCCUGCCCUGCGCGCUCGUCAACGAGGGCGCAGGGGACCGCGCGAGCUGGUUCGUCGACGAGCCGGCCAUCCAGGGCGUCAGCUUCCCUCGGCGGUCGUUCCUAUAA